AAGAAGAGAACCAACAUUAUACGCAUGAUCAUGAGACACUGUAUAUGAACCACAUUUUCUAUGUACGUCAAAUUCUAAGCAACACAGCAUGGAAUUUGCAUAAAUGAAGUUUCCAGUCCCCACCACCCUCAAUAAGUGUAACAUGUUACGUUGAUUCUUAAGUAAGUCCUCUAAGACAACACCAUAUGCCUUGUCCCUCAUUUGGUCCCUUGACUCCUAUCUCAUAUCCUUACUUCACAAAUAAUUCAAGUAGCCAAUGGUUUCUUACAUAUCCUUUUAUCUAUAUAUAUUCAUGGCUGCAAGCAUUUAGGACCAACACAAAUCAUUCACAUCCUAAAGCAUUCAAAAUUUUAAAGCUUAUUUUCAAUACUUUUCAAAUACCAUUCUCUUCUCAAGUCUCUAAACACAAUCAAUAAAACAAUGGGUUUUCGUUUACUUGGAAUCAAAAAGGCAUUAUUUGCAGCCAAUCAAGCAUCUUCAAAAGCAGUAGAUGCACCAAAGGGAUACCUUGCAGUCUAUGUUGGAGAGAAAAUGAAGCGGUUCAUGAUCCCUGUGUCAUACUUGAACCAACCUCUAUUCCAAGACUUGUUGAGUCGAGCUGAGGAAGAGUUUGGAUAUGAUCAUCCCAUGGGUGGCCUCACAAUUCCUUGCAGUGAAGAUGUCUUCCAACAUAUAACUUCUUGCUUGAAUAGACACUAAAUCUCACACUUUAAGAAGCUGACAUAGAUUAGUUGUGACAUUUUUGUAUAAUAGGCAUCUUCUCAACUUGUAAGGAUCUCCCUUUCUAGAGAAAUAGCGACAAGAAAAAUCAUCAGUUGACAAAAUCAAAGUAUAUCAUUCUUUUUUGUUUAAUGAGAAUGAAUUAAUUUGCUUAAGCACAUCUCUGUGUUUUUGUUUAUUAGUUACAGUAUUCGCUUCUCCCUGUACGAGCAAGGUUGAUUCCUAACAACGGUAGAGCAAAAGUAAUUUUUCCUAAGACCAAAGACAAAGUUCAAUUUAUUUGGGACAAAGUUGAAAUAUAUUUAGAAGUACAUGUGAAAUUAAAAUUUUGAUGUGCCAAGGCCGAAAUCACCCAUGACUAUGAGUAGUGACAGAUCCAAAUUUUUUAA